AUGUGGCUGCUCAGCACGGCUCGAGCGGAGCUCAAGUUCUUCCCUGGGCCCAAGGCCGUUCCCGUACAUACCCGAGCGUCCACUCAACAACACACCCUAUCGUCUUCCCGCCAUCUCGUAUCGCCCAAAAUCCGCGGUUUUCUCACUCUUGCUGAACGCGACGGCUACGACUGGGCUUGGGCGGACACGUGUUGCAUCGACAAGACGAGCAGCGCCGAACUCACUGAGGCCAUCAAUUCCGUGUGGCACCGGCGCGGGUGGACGCUCCAAGAACUGCUCGCGUCACGCGUUGUGGUCUUCUUCUCCAAGGAGUGGUCCCCGCUCGGGACCAAGUUUGAAUUGGCAGACCUACUGCAGGACAUCACGGGCAUCCCUUCCGAGGUCGUUCGACUGGAGAAGGACUUUACCGACAUGAGCGUGGCUGCGCGCAUGCCAUGGGCGUCGAAGCGGGAGACCACGAGGACCGAAGACACCGCCUACUGUCUGUUUGGGCUCUUCGGCGUCAACCUUUCGACGCUGUACGGAGAAGGUCAGAACGCAUUCUACAGGCUGCAGGAGGAGAUACUCAGAACAUCCGGCGACGUGUCUCUCUUCGGGUGGAGCGGAAAUAGCCCGGUCGUAUUCGCAAGCCUUCAGAGUCUCACAGGAUCACAUCCGCGGGUGGACGCGGUGGACGCGGACGGUCCCGGGCGCUCGAGGUGUCGUUCACGACGAGUUCGCUGGGCGGGGCUGGGGGGGUGUUGA